UAAUUUUGGCGUCACGGGCUUUCAAACGUCAUCAUUCCGCGACCGGACGAACUGAACGCAUGGGCUCGUGUGCGUUCAGUGUUUUAUCGCAUUUGUCACAUAAAAUAUUAUUCUUAAAUAUGUCUGCAUGUUAAACGGGACAUCCGAUAUUAACCUUCGCGUGUGUUGUGGAAUUACCUCGUAUGUACAAUGCAGUCAGUGAAGAUCGGACGCUGCGCCUUUCUCAUUCCCAAGCUCUUUAGUUCGCAGCUCGGCUGGGGACAGAUCGCGGGCGUUAGCGCUUGUGUACGCAGAGUGACAACCGCUGGCUCACAGCCUGUGGUGAUCCGCAUCCCGAGACGCAUGCAAGAACGUAUAGAGAACAUCAAACAGAUGCAAAGCAAGAAGUUUGACAAGCUGCCAACAGUCAAGCCUGGAAGACUGUUGAUCAAGAGCAAGAACCCGCAGCUGAACCAGUCUGUCGGCUAUACACUUGGGAAAUUUGAACAACCGGUUCUGACAUCCAAGGGAUGGAAGAGUAACAAAGCAUUAGGGGAUUACUUCUCCAUAAACAGCAUCCAAAGUGCUCCACCAUCUGUCCUCAAGCAGAAGGACGAGGGUGAUGGCAGUGCUUCCGUCCCCCAAAAGACAUUUAAUUGCUUUAAUAUUUGUCCAGAACUGGUCGAGACUUUACACAGUCAGAAUAUAAUUCACCCCACCACAGUCCAGAUGCAAACCAUUCCCAAAAUACUAAAAGGACGCAACAUUCUCUGUGCUGCGGAGACAGGAAGCGGAAAAACACUCGCUUACCUCCUUCCCAUCAUCCACAGGCUGCAAGCGGACAGGCAAGAGGAGCCCUUCACAAACUCCGAGAGAAACAUUCGCGCUGUGGUCAUCGUCCCAUCACGGGAACUAGCAGAACAAGUGACAUCUGUAGCUCGAUCGUUCAGCAAACCAUUAGGACUCGUGGUUAAAGUCACAGGAGGUGGGAGAGGUGUGGGAAACAUCAAAGCGGCGUUCACUCACGGUCAGCCGGAUGUUUUAGUGGCCACUCCUGGCGCCCUGCUGAAGGCCCUCUGGAAGCGGUUCAUUAACUUGACCGAACUAAACUUCCUAGUCAUUGAUGAAGCUGACACUAUGUUUGACGAAAGCUUUGCAGGCAUGCUUGAGAAUAUUCUUUCGCAUACCAAGGUGGCAUCCAGGCUCUCUGAUACGGUUGGGCUCGUCCGUAAAGCUCAGCUGGUCGUGGUGGGAGCCACAUUUCCGGGUGGCGUAGGAGAGGUGCUCAGUAAGGUGACUGACCUGGCCAGCAUGGUGACCGUUAAAAGCCGCAUGCUGCAUCAUCUCAUGCCGCAUGUAAAGCAGACGUUUCUCAGGGUCAAAGGUGCAGACAAGAUUCUAGAGCUUCACCAGGCCCUGAAGAAGGCCGAAAUGGAGCACAAAGGCGUUUUGGUGUUCUGUAAUUCGGCUUCCACUGUCAACUGGCUGGGCUACUCACUGGAGGAAAUGAGUGUUCGUCAUAUGAGGCUCCAGGGAGAGAUGCCUGCGACUAUGAGAGAAGGAACCUUUAGGAACUUUCAAAAAGGGAGUGUUGAUGUUCUAAUAUGCACUGACAUAGCUUCAAGAGGUUUGGACACACGGAGAGUUGGACUUAUCGUCAAUUAUGACUUCCCUGAGACCCACACAGAUUACAUCCACCGGGCAGGGCGCGUGGGGAGAGCAGGUGGCUCUGAGGGAGGGGAGGUGCUGAGUUUCGUUACGCAACCGUGGGAUGUGGAACUUGUGCAGAGAAUAGAGACAGCAGCCAGGAGGAGAACAUCUUUACCAGGGAUGGAAUCAGAAAUUCAGAAACCCAGCCAUGAAACGGACUUUAAAGAGAUGUAGGAAAAUGAAUAAAUGAAGAUCUACACAUUAGCCUUCUAAAACAAUGAAACGUUUAUUGUUUAUUUGUUGUAUUAAAACUUUAAAAUAGACAUGUAAAGAACUACAUGUUUGUUCUAAAGCUUAUGUUCACAUUUUUUACUAGACAUCUUAAAGGGGUAGUUCACCUUAAACUCUCUGACUUUCUUUCUUCUGUAGGACACAAAUACAUUCUCUCUUUAUUAUUUUGGACCUGCCUAAGAUAUUUUCUGUACAAGAACAUCAUAUAGAUUUGGAAUGAAAGAGUUCUUUGUAUAUUUGUUGUACUGAACCUUUAAAGGGCUUAACAUUUAGAACAUUUUGGCCUAAGGCUUC